AUGGAGCUUGUCAGAGCAGCCACCUCCUGGCGCAGGCCCCACAGCACCUUUUGGUCACCGACAGAGCCCGUCAACAGCACCAGCGAGACCCCCGCAGCGUCUGCCAGCCCAGACAGCGACAGAGCCCAGGAUGAACCCUUGGCUGGGGUGUCCUGGCCAAGCACAGGCAGCUCACAAGCAGGAGUAAGCACAGUCACAGCCUGGGCAGGUACCCACAGUGCCGCCGCCCUGGCAGAGACCACCACACCCUUCCAGGACCCCUCCAAGAGCAGAACUGACAGCGCGGCAUCCCCUGCCAGCAAUGAGGACACUGCUGUGUCCAUCACCACCACCACCGGCAGCGCAGAGAUGAGGGCCAGCAUGACAUCUCCAUGGGCUACCAGUGUGUCACCCGUGCCAGCCUCCGGAGUGCCCUCCACAGCCCCCCAGCACACUGCCACGCUCCCGCUCCUCAGCCUGCUGACAAACCCCGGGUACCGUGGCACGGUGUCGACGGAGGGAACGUCCUCCCCACUCAUCUUCAGUUCUACUACUCAGAUGGCAAGGGGCACAACAGCCCCUCUGGAGCCACCAUCACACACGGUGCCACCGAGUGCCGGCUCUACAGCUGCAGACACAGCCAUGGUGGCCACCUCUAGCAGCACUGCCCAGCCGGCCCUGGGCACCUCCUCCCUGCUGACAAACAGGUUGAUGUCCACAACCAGCACCUCAAGCUCGUUGGGUGGGAGUCCUGCCCCUGCAGGGGCUGCAGUGGGUCUGUCCUCCCUGGGGACAAGCCCUGCAAGCAGCUACUCUGUAGCUGAUGGAGAAGGCAGCACCUCACCUGCCCGCCCCACUGCCACCUGGCUGCCACGAGUCACAGUCCCCUCCAGCAACACCGUCAUCGCAGAUGAGCCGCCCAGCAAGGCAACCACCACAGCCACCACAGUCAGCGGGACAGCCGAGACGUCAACUGCCAGAGCAGGGUUUGCCAUCUCCAAGGCCACCGGCACCAGCCAUGCCCUGUCCUCCGCCACAGAACAACCCAUCACAGAGAGACAGGCAGACAGACGUGGGCUAUCCCGCUUUGGUGGUGUUGACUGGGGAGAUGAAGGUGCAAUCCCAACUGCAACAGCUGUCGACAGACUUGGUGCUUCCGCUGCUGCACAUGGUGCUGCUGAGGAGAGCACUCUGACGGUGCCUGACAAUACAGCAGCUGGGAAAAGCACUGGCCUGUCACCUGCUCCAUUCCUGCAGAGAGCUACAGCUGAGCCCACCGCCACCACACUUACAACAGUCGGCAAAGACUCCACAGCACCCCAGCUCUGGAGGGGCCAGUCCUGCUCCAGACCACACCUGAGGCAGCAACUGCGGCAGCGGGAGCAAGAGAUGUAG